AGCGAGCGCAACAGAGCCUUUCAAAGCCAUGGUCUCUAUUACCACCAUCGUGCCCGUCUUGGCAUGCUUCAUCGUCUCGCUGUCGCAGGUCAGCGCCCACGGCUACAUGUACAUCCCGCUAGCCGAAUUCACAGACUCGGUCACUUCGGCCUGGAUCGUGCAGAUUGAGCCGCAGUGGUCGGGUGAUUGGGACAGCUGCAGUAGCAGCGAUGACGACUGUUUGACGACGCUCUACACUUCGCUGAAGGAGUCGAACGGCUACAGUGAUAUUCGUGCGUUGCUCGACAGCGACACUGAUCUGUACGGAGCCAACUGUGGCUUCACUGACCCGGACGCUACGCCGAAAGACCCGCCAACCACGGGCGAUGCUACCUUCUCUCGUGGCAUGGUCCAUGCUGGUCCAUGCGAGAUCUGGCUGGACGAUACGAUGGUGCUGAGUAACGACGACUGCCAGACUGCGUACGGUGACGGCACUCAAGAUAAGGCAUCGGUAUUCACACCUGUGGAUUACUCGUCGUGCUCGACGGGUGGCUGCAUGCUGAGGUUUUACUGGUUGGCGUUCCAAGGUGUAGACAGCAAGAUGGUGUGGCAGGUCUACAAGGAUUGUGUUCCACUAACCGGCCCCGCUGAGGGUACGUCGACCAACUCAACGUCCUCGACAUUGACGACUGGCAGCUCCACGACAGAGGACGUCUCGACAUCGAGCAGCUCCGGUACUCCGGACAAUUUCUCAACGACUGAGACCCCUAUGACCACGACAGCGACGUCUACCUCAACAUCGACAACGACAGACGCACCGACGUCGACGCCUUCACCGUCUGAGAAGUGUACUGCACGUAAGCGAAAGUGAAAAGUGGGAGACUCGAAGCAUUUUGAGGAUUAGUCCAAAAUUCUCAGUUCAAAGCAUUUGAGCCUCAAACGAUAUAUAAAACGAUCGCACCUUUCUUUCUAUGCGGUUCACAUCCAAUCAGCGAUUGCAUCAUCUAAAAACGGGAAUUCCACGCCAAACGCGAGCCAGCUCAGAUUCCG